AUGGCUUCUUCUGGCCAGUACUCUUUCUUUGUCAAGCCGUGCUGCGAAACCUGGAGCCAGACCCAGAUCAAGAAGUUCCAUUGCCAUAUCCUGAAGACUUUAUCCUAUCUCGAGCCGUUCCUCUCCAACAAACUGAUUAAUGCGUAUGGCUACCUGUGCAAUCCAUUGUACGCCCGCAACGUGUUCGAUAAAAUGGCCCAACCAAAUCCUUUCUAUUGGAACACACUUCUUUCUGCUUACUCCAAGUCUGGUUACCUCUCAAGAAUGCAAGACAUAUUUAGCAGAGAUGGGGUCUCCUGGACUUCGCUUUCGGCCGGGUAUGCGGCUCAUCGGUCGGGUGCUGAAGCUAUCGGGGUUUAUAGCAUGAUGCUUAGGGAAGGAUCUGUUAAUUUGAAUCGAAUUACAUUUUCCACCUUUCUAAUGUUGUCGUCUAAUGAUGGACUAGUCGACUUGGGCAGGGCGAUUCAUGGCCAUAUUCUGAAAUUUGGGUUCAAGGCUUGUGUAGUGGUUGGAAGUUCAAUGGUCGAUAUGUAUUCUAAAAUAGGGUCGGUUCAUGAGGCAGUGAAAGCAUUCGAUGAAAUGCCCCAAAGGAAUCUUGUAAUGUAUAAAUACACUGAUCACGGGACUUUUACGUCAUGGUCUGGUGGAGGGUGCUAA